AUGCAGUAUGUCGAUGAAAAAAUUUCAAUUUCUGUGAAAAAGACUUCGUCUUUCGCUUGGAUUGAUUACGAGUUUAUAAAACCGUCGGUACAAAUUUCUUUCUCAUACGACAUUCAUUCUGUCAUAGAAUUGUAUGAAGCAAUCAUGAGUAUCAUCAUUUUGAUUUGUAUUGAUCAUCAAUUCAAUUAUAUUAUCUCAAAGUCCAUCUUUACAUAUCCCGCCGGCAUUGGGAAUAUUAUUCCCAGCGAUGGAUCGGCCAUCACGCGAUCGUCUGAUAAACGACGAAAGAUCUUCUUCAUCUGUGAACCCAUUUUUUCUGCUUUUGCCAUAUUUCCAUUGAUUAUCAUUUUUUGGGAAGCCGGCUGGAAUUUUAUCAUCGACUGGCUGGAUACGUCGGUCGGUCAACAUCGAGUUACCGUCCCCCUUCUCUACGUCUUCUCUCAAUUAAUCUUACUCGCUAUUUAUACUACUCAAGAUCAUCUCUACGGAUUUUUAGCUGGACUCAAGAAUGAUUUCUUACGUGUAGUUCUCCUACAAUUCCAUUGUUUGAUCUCAGCUUUGAGUUAUAUUAUCCAGUGGGUGUCAAUGUGGACGUUAUGGGACUAUUACACAUCAGACGAAUGGCUUCCCAUGUUAUUAAUAAGCUUUGCCGCAAUUUUAGCUAUCAUUAUUUUAGUUGGGCACCCAUGUGAUCUUGUUUGCGCACCGUUUGUGAUUAGUUAUGAUUCAGUUGAAUACAACAUUCGGAUAGGAACACCAUUCACGAUCGGACAAAUGAAUCGUUACGUUGCUCAUCUAUUGAACUAUAUUUUUUAUGAAUAUUUAACCUCGAUUCUAUGCAUAUUAGCUUGGCGUGGAUCAUACAAAUUUCUUGAUAUUCACUUAUAUCCAGAAAAUGAGAUUAUAUCCGGUAUUUUCAGUCUUUUAAGUGGUUAUUUGUUAUAUUUCACUCUUAUGUACACACAAGUAUUACAAAACAAUACUGCCUAUUCAACACCGUUUUUAGACAUAAAUUUCCCGUUGUUUCUGGAAAAUCUUCGUCACAUAUGUUCAUUUUUCUCGUGCGUGUUAUUAUGGAGAGGCUUUUGGAUCGUUUUCGACGAAUUCAUUGUUGCUGUGUCGCUCAUCAACGGCAAUCGUUUUAAAUUUUAUAUUAUUGCAAUGAUUAUCUCCUUUCUUAUCUUAAGUUUCAUGAAAACGGCAUCGUCUAUCCAUGGGCCGAUGUCUCACAUCGAUGAUGAGUACGAACUGUUUCCUAUCUAUCGAAAUUGCUUUCUUAGUAAAUGGUUUGAAAAGAAGAAUUCAUCGUUGAAUGAAAUGAAGUCGAAUUCACGUAAAACGACAACUAGUGAUCUGUAUACAAUCACGAUUUUUUAA